AUGGCGUCUCCAAAUCGGCUGACUGUCUUAUCCAAUGUUAUCGCGGAGAAGACGAAAGUAAUCUCAGAUUUCCUGGCCUCCAAGGGAGUUGAGCCUCCCUCUUUCGAUGUCGACGGGCAGGCUGACUAUGCAAUUUCGGCCGACGACAAAGAGGCCUAUGAGGCUCGCCUGGAGUUGAUUGCAGCAUCAAAGGAACUCUAUGCUCUUUCCCAUGGUCCGAAGGAUCAUAUUCGAAACAUUUGUUGGGAUGCUAUGGAUCCAUUGUCCCUACAUGCCAUUUGGACCUUCCGGGUCCCACAAGCUGUCCCACUGAAUAGCAAAAUAUCAUACGAAGACCUGGCUGAAAAGUGCCAUCAAUUGAGUGGAAUCUUCGUACCACUGUUCACCUUCCGACGGAUCAUCCGCCACGCUAUAACGAACCGCUUCUUCUGUGAGCCAGAACUUGGGUUUGUUGCCCACAACCGCGCAUCCCGAGUUCUUCUCGAAGAGGAAACCUUGGAUGCCUGGGUGGGUCUGUUUUGUAAUGACAUGUGGCCUGGCUUUGUCUACACCGUUGAAGCCAUGAAGAGAUGGCCCGGGAGUGGGGAACCGAAUGAGACGGGUAUCAACGUGGCCUAUGGCCAUAAUCUCAAUUGGUUCGAUCACACUUCCCGCAAUGACGUUGUCGCCGACAGAUAUAGCAAGAGUAUGAAGGCACACGGGGGUGGUGUUGGAUUUGAUGUCUCGCACACCGUGACCGGCUAUCCAUGGGCGGAUAUUGGUGAGGGGACGGUCGUUGACGUGAGUACCAUUCUCCUAAUGGCCAUGUGA